GAUAUAACUCAAACACCAUACAAUUCACUCUUUUAAAGAAUACAAUUUAGGCUGGGAGCAGUGGCUCACACUUGUAAUCUUAGCACUUUGGGAGGCUGAGGCUUGUGGAGCACUUGAGUCCAGGAAUUCAAAACGAGCCUGGGCAACAUAGUGAAACUAUCUCUCUACUAAAAAUACAAAAAUCAGCCGGGUGUAGUAGCACAUGCCUAUAGUCCCAGGUACUCGGGAGGUUGAGGCAGGAGGAUUGCUUGAGCCCGGGAGGUGGAGGUUGCAGUGAGCUGAGAUCAUGCCACUGCACUCCAGCCUGGGUGACAGAGUGAGACCUUGUCUCAAGAAAGUAAAUAAAGUAUACAAUUCAGUGUGUUGCAUAUUCACAAAGUUUUAUAGACAUAAAAUCGCAUAAGUAGCUGCAGAGCCAGGAUUUAGACCCCGCCUGUCUCCGUGUCCUUGUCCACUAAGCUCUGAAGCAGCCUCUAGCCAGGAGCCCACAUGACAGCCAAUGCGAUAAUGCUGUUAUACUGAACCUAUGAGUAUUGUCAGGAGAACAGAGUUUAGGGAGGAAUUACUUUUGGGGCCAGGGGAGAAGGUUGAUAAAUCCUAUUAAUUCAGAUAUGGAAGUAUGUCUUCGAUUUUUUUCCUCUUCUCUGUUUUUUAUUAUUUUAUUUAUUUAGAGAGAAAGUCUUGCCCUGGUACCUCAAGUGGAGGGCAGUGGCACGAUCUCAGCUCACUGCAACCUCUGCCUCCCAGGCUCAAGCGAUUCUCUCACCUCAGCCUCCUGAGUAGGUGGGACUACAGGCAUGCGUCCCCACUCCUGGCUAAUUUUUUUGCUUGUUUUGUAAUUUUUGUAGAGACGGGGUUUUGCCAUGUUGCCCAGGCUGGUCUUGAAUUCCUGGGCUCAAGAGAUCUGACUGAGUUGGCCUCCCGAAGUGUUGGGAUUACAGACCUGAGUCACCAGGCCUAUUUUUUAUUAUUUUAAAUGUGAACUAUUUUUGUCUGUUUCUUCUUCUUCUUUGUUUUUGCUUUAUUUCUAAAAACAAACAACAACAACAAAAAAACAGGAUACAUGUGCAGAACGUGCAGGUUUGUCGCGUAGGUGCCAUGGUGGUUUGCGGCACCUAUUGACCUGUCCUCUAAGUUCCCUCCCCUCACCUCCACCUCCAAUAGACCCUGGUUUGUGUGUUGUUCCCCUCUCUCUGUCUAUGUGUUCUCAAUGUUUAACUCCCACUCAUGAGCAAGAACAUGCGGUGUCUGGUUUUCUGUUGCUGUGUUAAUUGUUGCUGAAGAUGACGGCUUCCAGCUUCAUCCAUGUCCCUGAAAGAACAUGAUCUUAUUCCUUUUUUUUUUUUUUUUUUUUGAGACAGAGUUUCACUCUUGUUGCCCAGGUUGGAGUGCAAUGGCAUAAUCUUGGCUCACCACAACCUCUGCCUCCCAGGUUCAAGUGAUUCUCCUGCCUCAGCCUCCCAAGUAGGUGGGAUUACAGGCAUGUGCCACCAUACCCAGCUAAUUUUGUAUUUUUAGUAGAGAUGGGGUUUCUCCAUGUUGGUCGGCCUGGUCUCGAACUCCCAAUCUCAGGUGAUUUGCCUGCUUUGGCCUCCCAAAGUGCUUGGAUUACAGGUGUGAACCACCACCUGGCCUCCUUCCUUUUUAUGGCUGAAAAAUGUGAACUAUUAUAGUGACCUCCUAAUUGCGUUAAGGUCUCUGUCCUUUCCAUAUCCUCCAUUCAUUAGACACAAAAACCUGACAAUAACUCUCCCCUUCAUUAAAAAUAAACAAAACCAAAAGAAAACAAAAUCCGGCUGGGUGUGGUUGCUCACGCCUGUAAUCCCAGCACUUUGGGAGGCCAAGGCAGGUAGAUCAUGAGAUCAAGAGAUCAAGACUAUCCUGGCCAACGUGGUGAAACCCCAUCUCUACUAAAAAUAUAAAAGUUAGCUGGGCAUGGUGGUGCGUGCCUGUAGUUUCAGCUACUCUGGAGGCUGAGGCAGGAGAAUCACUUGAACCAGGGAUGUGGAGGUUGCAGUGAGCUGAGAUUGUGCCACUGCACUCCAGCCUGGGGACGGAGCGAGACUCAAUCUAAAAAAAAAAAAAAAAAAAAAAUUCAGGUGUUUCCUGUUACCUACCUCACAAGACUGAAAGUCCUUGGCCUCCCAAAGGUCAUUCCAAACUGAGCCUAGACUACCUUUUCAGCUUCAUUUUCCACCACUCUCUUUUCAUUUAUUCAACAAAUGUUGGCUGCAAGCUUAUUAGGCGCCAGGCCCCGUGAUAGGGAGCAGGUAAACAAAUCACCUACCACGUGGUGGUUCCUGCCCCCAAGAGAUGUAUAUCUCAUGGGGUGAGAUGGGGGCAGAAAACUAGGCUGAUUAUUUCAAAUCACUGUGGGGGCUUCCAUAGAGGUCAGCAGAGUGUUUAGGGGUGGGUAUGUGGAUGAGGCCCUGAAUCCAGCCUAGGGUGGAGCUUCCAGUGAGAAGUGAAACUUGAGCUGAGUUGUGAAAGAUGAAUAUAUUAGAAAUGAAGAAAGAGGCUGGGCGCAGUGGCUCACACCUGCAAUCCCAACACUUUGAGCGGCCAAGGUAGGCAGAUCACAUGAGGCCAGGAGUUCAAGACAUGGUGAAACCCUGUCUCUACUAAAAAUAAUAAUAUAAAAAUUAGCUGGGUGUGGUAGUGCAUGCCUGUAAUCCCAGCUACUUGGAAGGCUGAGGCAUAAGAAUUGCUUGAACCUGGGAGGCACAGGUUGCAAUGAGCUGAGAUUGUGUCAUUGCACUUCAACCUGGGCAACAGAGCUAUAAUCUGUCUCAAAAAAAAAAAAAAAAAUCAAGGCAAUCUGUUGUUUUCACAAGAAGGAAUAGCAGGUGUGAAGACUGGGAGGUGUGAAAAGAGCUGGCUGACUCUUCAUUGCACAUGUGCUGAGUGCCCCUUAGGUGCUGGGUGCUGUGCUGGGUGCUGGGAUACACAGCAGUGAAUGAACACACCAAAUGAGGCCCUUGUCCUCAUGUAGCAGACAGUCCAACCCCAUGGAAAUGUGGGUUGGGAUGAGGAAGAGUGAGUGUUCCAGCCGUGGGUGUCCACGGACCACUAGAGUCUCAUGGUCACACAAGCAUUUUCACAGAGAGUGGAGUAAUAACUUCUUUAUUCUUUUAUGUUUAUUUUGAGACAGGGUCUCUGUCACCCAACUGGAGUGCAGUGACAAGAUCUCGGCUCAUGCAGCCUCUACUUUCCGGGCUCAGGGGAUCAUCCUACCUCAGCCUCCCCAGUAGCUGGGACUACAGGCACAUGCCACCAUGCCAGUUAAAUUUUUUGGAGAAAUAGGGGUCUCACUAUGUUGACCAGGCUGAUCUCGAACUCCUGUGCUUAAGUGAUCCUCCCGCCUCAGCCUCCCAAAGUGUUGGGAUUACAGGCAUGAGCCACCACAUCCGCUGUCUUUUGUAUUCUCAAAGGGAUCCAUGACCCUCCUAGCUUAGAAAGUUCACUCUAGGGCUUCCUGUGCUGAGCUGAGGAGUUUGGCCUUGAUCUGGAAGUUCUGGGAGCCAGUACUGUAUUUUAAAACAUUAAACCAUCAGAGCCUGACGCGGACUUUGGUCAGCGAGAACUCCUUGUGCCUUUCCCACCGUUAAGUCUUUGCUCUUGCUGUUCUCCCUCCAGGAGGAAUGGGAAGGGCAGUACUUAAAUGCCAGGCUGACCUGACUCUGCAUCCUAACUCUAGCCUUGCUCCAGCUGCAAGCCUACAGCUUUCCCCCUCUGUGAAAGUUAUGAGGUUUAAGUGAGCCAUGGUGUCUUGAGGAAUUGGUAACAAUAUUUUUAUUUUGGAAAGUGCCCAGUGUAAAGUAGCCAUUAGUUCCUCUCUUGGCUUGGUGGCUCAUCUGUUCCCUUUUAUCUGAGGUCUUCUUGGAGCUUUCUGUAGUCACCCUUGUUUUGUUUUGCUUUUGAGACAGUCUUACUCUGUCACCCAGGCUGGAGUACAGUGGCAUGAUCUUGGCUCACUGCAGCCUCCAUCUCUCCAGCUCAAGUGAUCCUUCCACUUCAGUCUGCCCGGUAGCUGAGACUGCAGGUGCACGCCACCAUGCCUGGCUAAUUUUUGUAGAGAUGGGGUUUCACCAUGUUGGCCAGGUUGAUCUCAAACUCCUGAGCUCAAGUGAUCCUCCUGCCUUGGCCUCCCAAAGUGCUGGGAUUACAGGCAUGAGCCACCACGCCUGACCACCAGUAUCACUCUUUUUUAAAAAUUUAUUUAAGGUUCUGGGCUACAUGUGCAGGAUGUGCAGGUUUGUUACAUAGGUAAAUGUGUGCCAUGAUGGUUUAUUGCACCUAUCAACCCUCAACCCAUCACCUAGGUAUCCAGCCCAGCAUACAUAAGCAGCAUCAUUCUUAACACGUGAUUAAACUCACAUGUAAUGAGUUUACUUCUCAUUACUCCACACCAUAGUAGUCUGUUUUACAAAUGAGGAAACUGAGGCUCAGGGAGGCUGAGAGAUUUACCUGGAAUCAAUCAAUUAUUGAUCUGGAAGCAUCCGAUCGCCAGGUGUCUGAAAUGAUGACAGCAGCAACAAUGAACAUUAUGCUCACUAUGCCAAAUACUAUGCUCCGCAUUUUACCUGCAUCACAAUCCUGAUUCCUUUGGGCAGUUAGGUAGGUUCCUUUUUACCCGAAUUUAGGGAGGAGGAUGAGACUCGGAGAGGUAACUCGCCCUAGGUAACCCAGGGUAGUCAGUUGAAAAGUCAAGACUCAGACCACGAUCUGACUAACUCCAGAGAAACCCAUGUCAUUCUGCCUCUCGGAAAACACUGCUCCCAACUGCACAGUUCAAAACCCCACCCAAGCCGGCCCUGAAUCACUGUCGGGCGGCUGAAGCCGAGUCGCACUUUGUUUUGACCAAGAAUACAGAGGGCGCUGCCUGACAUUAGUCGGGGGGCUUGGGAGAGAAGAUGGGGGUCUAGGGUGGAAAUGUAGGUGCUGGGGCUGUGCCAGAGGGAGAGUGUCCGGGACCAGCGGGCGAGUCACGUGCGUGUGAAACUCGACCUAAGGGGAGGGGAAGGGGAGGGAGCCCCCGCCCCCACCUCGGGGCGCAGCUCCGGACGCGAGUAAAUACAACUAUCAACUCCGCAGAUCCACUUCAUCCAAGCCCAGCCUUGCAGACCUCUGGCGCCCGGCGGGUUCCCAGUUCCCCCUCUUUUUCCGAGGGGACAGUGGAGGCGAGGCCACCGGGCUGUCAGGCUGAAGCUCCGUGGUCGCCGGGUCCCACACGCUGAGAAGACCCCAGCGCGGGCGCGGCUCAGGGCAGGGCCCGCGGGACUCUGUACUGGCCGCGAAAGCGUUGUGCUUCCCAAGGCGUCCGCCGCUGCUGGCUACUCCUUUGCCCCCGACCGGAGAGCUGCACUUUUGCCAGAAUUCAGCGAUCUCUGCGAGCACCUGAACCAAAGCCCCGUUUCACAGAUGCGGAUACCGAGGCCCUCUGGAAGUGGUGACUCGUGCUUCCUCCCCUCGCCCUGGGUCUUCCUUGCCCUCCUCCUCUCCACCUUCCUCGGUCUCACCCCGGUUGUCGCUCCCUGCCCCCGCGCCACCCGCGUUCCCUCUCCUCCCGCCUAGGCUGCAGCGGCUGCGGCAGCGGGGGGAGCUGGGGCUCCUUCCCUCCCUCUAGUAAACACACCCGCCCGCCAGCCGAUCCACCACCACUGCCCUUAUAAAGUCAGCAGCCACCAGACUUCCUGCUGAAGUCCGAGCCCCCUCCCGGGGCCAGAGGGGAUAGGCGGGUUCCGAGCUUUUAGGGGUCUUUACUGGCGCGAGAGUCCGGGAAUGAGCCAGCGGUGCUUCAGAGCGCGCUCUGUCCCUCGCUGUCCCCUGGAGACCUGGGCAAAUGCGGACUUGCCCCCCAGCAGCUCUGCCUUGCGUACCCUGGCCUGGGUGGGAGAACCCGGCAGCGCGCCAGGAAGCUGCAGCGCGUGUACAGGACCUUCCUUGUUUCCGAUAGUGGAGCAGCAGGAACCCUGUGCCGCGUGCACCCCUGGCACUGCUAGUGUGCGCAGAGCCAGCUCUGUGGCACCGGCUGGGAAGCCCAGGGCUCUAUGGGGGCUCCAUGAGGGUCCUCUCGCGGGUUGGCCUGAGGGGUCUCGGAUGCCACCGUGAUGCAGGACCGCUCUCAGGGGCCACUGGGGGGCCCUUCGCCCAGCGCUCUAUUUCUGUGCAGGCUCUCGGCCAGCAUGGCCCCCACGCUGCAGCAGGCAUACCGGAGACGCUGGUGGAUGGCCUGCACGGCAGUGCUGGAGAACCUCUUCUUCUCGGCUGUACUCCUGGGCUGGGGCUCCCUGCUGAUCAUGCUGAAGAAUGAGGGCUUCUAUUCUAACAUGUGCCCAGCUGAGAACAACACCAACACCACCCAGGAUGAGCAGCGCAGGUGGCCGAGCUGUGGCCAGCAGGACAAGAUGCUCAACCUGGGCUUCACCAUUGGUUCUUUCGUGCUCAGCGCCACGACCUUGCCACUGGGGAUCCUCAUGGACCGCUUUGGCCCCCGACCCGUGCGGCUGGUUGGCAGUGCCUGCUUCGCUGCAUCCUGUACACUCAUGGCCCUGGCCUCCCGGGAAGUUGAAGUUCUGUCUCCAUUGAUAUUCCUGGCGCUGUCCCUAAAUGGCUUUGGUGGCAUCUGCCUAACGUUCACUUCACUCACGCUACCCAACAUGUUUGGAAGCCUGCGCUCCACGUUAAUGUCCCUCAUGAUUGGCUCUUAUGCCUCUUCUGCCAUCACCUUCCCAGGAAUCAAGCUGAUCUACGAUGCCGGCGUGGCCUUCGUGGUCAUCAUGUUCACCUGGUCUGGCCUGGCCUGCCUUAUCUUUCUGAACUGCGCUCUCAAUUGGCCCGUGGAAGCCUUUCCUGCCCCUGAGGAAGUCAAUUACACGAAGAAGAUCAAGCUGAGUGGGCUAGCCCUGGACCACAAGGUGACAGGUGACCGCUUCUACACCCAUGUGACCACUGUGGGCCAGCGGCUGAGCCAGAAGGCCCCCAGCCUGGAGGAGGGGUCGGAUGCCUUCAUGUCCUCCCAGGAUGUUCCGGGCAUCGCAGAAAACCUUCCUGAGAGGUCUGUCCCCUUCCGCAAGAGCCUCUGCUCCCCCAUUUUCCUGUGGAGCCUCCUCACCAUGGGCAUGACCCAGCUGCGGAUCAUCUUCUACAUGGCUGCCAUGAACAACAUGCUGGAGUACCUUGUGACUGGUGGCCAGGAGCUUGAGACGAAGGAACAGCGACGAAAGGCCAUAGAGACAGUUGGGUUCUACUCCUCCAUCUUCGGGGCCAUGCAGCUGUUGUGCCUUCUCACCUGCCCCCUCAUUGGCUACAUCAUGGACUGGCGGAUCAAGGACUGCGUGGAUGCCCCGACACAGGGCACUGUCCUUGGAGAUGCCAGGGAUGGGGUUGCUACCAAAUCCUUCAGACCACGCUACUGCAAGAUCCAGAAGCUCACCAAUGCCAUCAACGCCUUCACCCUGACCAACCUGCUGCUUGUGGGUUUUGGCAUCACCUGCCUCAUCAACAACUUACACCUCCAGGUUCCCAUCCAACCACUUUGGGACGCUGACAGGCCUGCAGUCCCUCAUCAGUGCUGUGUUCGCCUUGCUGCAGCAGCCACUUUUCAUGGCGAUGGUGGAACCCCUGAAAGGAGAGCCCUUCUGGGUGAAUCUGGGCCUCCUACUCUUCUCACUCCUGGGGUUCCUGUUGCCUUCCUACCUCUUCUACUACCGUGCCCGGCUCCAGAAGGAGUACACCGCCAAUGGCAUGGGCCCGCUGAAGGUACUUCGUGGUUCUGAGGUGACUGCAUAGACUUCUGAGACCCAGGGACCUGGAUGACAGGCAGUCAAGUCCUGAGCAACCAAAGGGAGAGCCCCGUGUGGCUUUUCCACCUGUAACAUGCACACAGAGCCCGGGCCAUGGAUUUAUAAAUACCAAGAGAAGUUAUAUUUUUGUAAAGACUGCAAAAAGGAAAAAAAAAAACCUUCAAAAACGUCGCCCAAAGCAACGCUCCAUUGAUUGAAGACAGUCCCUGUUCUAGAGGGUUGAUCCUUCUUCUUCCUUGGAUUGGAGGAGACCAGGUGUGGAGCUGCCUCUUCUCCCCUUUUAGGAGUCUGCUUCCUGGGGGCAUCAGCGAACAGGCUGGCCCUAAGGUCCCACAUGCAUGUGUCUUUGUGUGUGACUGUGAGAGAGACACAGCCUGCCCUUCAGAAGGAAAGGGGCCUGGGGUGCCGGCUGUGUCCUGGGUCGGGGGUUGGGGGUCGGCCCCUUCCAGGGACAGGAGGGCGGGUUCCCUCUCUGGUGCUGCUUCUUGCAAGUCUUAGAGGAAAUAAAAAGGGAAGGGAGAGGCUGGCUGGUAUGCGCCUGUCUUUGGCAGUUGGUGGGGGGUGUCUUCCCACACCCCCAUCCUUCUUCACCCAGGCUCAGCUGGGCAUUAAGUAGGACGCUUGACGUGCCAGCCCGUUCACCUCUGGCUGUCUGGCUCACCUCCCUGUUCCUAACCAUGCUCUGCCCUUGGUGCUUGGAGGGAGUCCAGAUCCUGCCCCCCACUUCCCAGGAUUUGGGGUAUAUCCAGGAAGCUGGCUUUUCUCCAUACAGAGGGAUUAGGGCAGAAUGUUUGAGAAAGAAUGCUAAGGUAUGACUCAAACUUUCCCACCAUAGCAUCCCUAGGGCCUGCCGAAAGUAACACUUUUGUGGAGUCUUCCUAUUUUAUCUUCAAACUUGAUGCAAAUUUUGAGCUUCCGUGUUAUACUAUAUUUACAUUUACUUUUAACAUUGAAUUGAGGCUUUAAAGUAAAUAAAUAAAUAAAUUAAUUAAUUAA